AUGGAUUCUCGAAGAGCAGAAAUCACUCCAAUCCAGUCAUACACGAACCUAUCGAAGUUUCCUGGACGUAGACAACAACUCGAUGAGGGCCCACCAAUUACACCAACUAGAAAUAAUGGAGGUCCGGGACUCCGCACGACCACCACUGUCACCACCACCAGUGACGAGGGGAAAAAAUUACUUAUAGAUCAAUUUUAUAAUGCAGUCAAUGAACAUGCUGGAAGUCCAUCGGUGACCAGUCCUGGUAGUGGCAAUGAUUUGGGACCACUUGGAGGAGGAACAGGUGCCGUUGGUGGUGUGACAAAUGGAUCAAUUAAUCUGACCUUACCAACGUGGUUAUUAUCAGGUCAGGGAAUCCAACCGACAUCACGUGACAAGCUUCCUCUUGAACCAUUUCUGGAAAAUAGUUUAAGAGAGUUAUUAAGAAAGGGAGGUGCUACAUAUAUAUCAUUGGAUGAAAAGCUAUUCAAUGAUGAAGAUUUGGAGAGUUAUUUGUUGAAUAUAGAUGGGAUAAUUGGAGAUAUGUAUGAACCUGGACAGGCUCCAUUAAUUCCACUUGCUCGGGUUGUUGAGGAUUUGAGUGGAUCUUUGAUCGACAACGUUCACAACCAAUUUGAAGAUUGUAAAAAGAAUUCAAAUACCAAUCAUCCAACGAAACAACAAGUACGACGAUUGAAGGAAUAUGUUGAGAAGCUUCAAAAAGGUGCAAAGUCACUUUCUACGGAACUUGCAAAAGAUUGGGAACCGACUCGAUUAAGGUAUCAACAACAAGUGAAUCAGAAUGUAGAUAAGUUAGAAGAAUUGGCGACUACCCUUGAUGGGUUAGAACAACGAUUAAAUACACUGAAACAACUGAUUUCAAAAUCUAAACAAACAAUGGCACGUGCUAUUACCGAGAAACUUGAAUUAUUAGAAGAAGUUGAUCGAAGGAUGACAGCCUAUGCACGUGGUAAAAAGGAAAGAAGAGUGAAAAUACUUGGGACAAUGGCUGCAGGAAUGGUUGUUGCGAUUGCAAUUUUGGUGGCAGUUAAAUUACGGAGCUCAUAG